AUGGUUUUAUACACUGGAGUGGGCGGGAACGAAGCUUUAACAACUUUGGAAAAGGGGCGGGGUGUCGGAGGGAACGGCGUGCGCUGGGCUGUGCAGUUUGGUAGCGAUGGGGAGGAGAUAUCAGGUCCGGACGGCAAGCAUCUUGCACAACAGGGGGGAGACAGAAGGCUGGAAGAUUUCGGGAUGCAGCCUCCACCGAGAAAAGUAAAAGUCACACAAGAGGUUAAGGUGCGUUUUGGAGAGCAACUGUCUAGCCUUCAGAACAAACAGCUUCAAGAUACUGAGCUUCUGGAAGAUAUCAGGUCAUUCUGCAAACAGAGAGCUGCGAUUGAAAAAGAAUAUGGGCAGGCACUGCAGAGGCUGGCUAGUCAGUACCUUAAAAGAGACUGGCAUCGUGGGAAAAAUGAGACCAGUGAAUGCAGGAGUGUGUAUUCAGUAUGGAGGUCCAUGGUAGAAGGCACUGCUUCCAUUGGACAGACCAGAGUCGCGGCUGCUGAAAACUAUAGGAACUUGACCUCAGAAGCUGCAAAAACAGCCAGAUCAGCAAAGGAGCUUUUGCUUAAAAAGAGCAUUGAACAGCUACAGAAAGUCCAGAAUGAGCUGCUGGAGACUAUGAAAGAAGUAAACAAGACCAAGAAACAUUACGUCCAGCUGGAACGGGGUAACGAAGUUGCAAAGGAAAAGGCUAUGGACACGGAGUUUUCCACACAGUUGGUUGAGUGUUAUCAUCGGCUUUCUGAGGCGCGGAAUGAAUACCUACUGGCACUUACAGCAGCAAAUGCCCAUCUCAACCAUUACUACCAAAUGCACCUUCCUGAUAUCAUGACGUGUUUAGAUGGCGAUAUCUAUGAUAGGCUUCGUGAUUACCUGAUACUGAUCCGUAACACAGAGCUGAACACCUGCAAGUUCACACAAGAACGAUUCAGAGAUAUAUUAGUGGCUUCCCAGCAGGUAUCUCGGCAACAAAAUCUUCAGCUUUUCUUGAAAGACACCAACCUCUUCUCCCCCACUUUAAUACAAAAAUUCCAGUCUGCAGGAUCGGAUAAGGUGUCAACUCUGGAAUCCCUCACCAAAGGCCCAAAUGUGGAGAGUGUGCUGGAUAAGGAGGCACGAAGAUGGACAAGCAGAGCUGCGAGAGAUUAUAAGAUGAAAACCCACGGGGAGCAGGUCCUGCAAAGGUUGGAAGCUAAAAGGGCAACUGCCACUGAAGAAGAACUUUCCAAUAUUGAGCUAAAGACGGAGGAAGUAAAGGAAAGUGUAAGGAAAGCUGAGGUCAGUAAGGUGAAGGCCGAUGCCCGGGUGGAGCUCUUGCGUCAGGUCGGUGUAGAUGUAGAUGCGUGGCUCUCAGGUGCCAUGAUGCAAGCAAAUGAAGAACUUGAGCAGGAGAGACGUCUGAGUGAAGCCAGGAUGUCUAAUGGAGAUGUGUCACCAAAAAUGGAUGAAUUUGAUUUCACAGACUUUGAAGAAUGUGAUGACAAUGGUGAGACAUUUGAAGAAUCCAGUCUGAACUUAAGUGGCUCCCGUCUGUAUCCCUUUCCUUGCCAAGUUUUGUACAGUUACCAGUCUUCACAGUCUGAUGAGCUUUCCAUCACUCAAGGGGAACAACUGGAGGUCAUUUAACACGGCGAUGUAGAAGAAUAGGUUAAGGCUCGGAACAAGAGUGGGCAAGUUGGCUAUGUGCCAGAAAAGUACAUAACUAUCAUAAAUCAUUCUGCUGUGAACCAGAAACUGGCUAAUUGGACAGAUACAAGUCAUAAGAGUGGUGCCAAUAAAGAACUUACCGGGAUACCGGAAAUGGACUGGACUCAAACAGGAGUAUGCCUUGCAAGGGCGCUUUACCAGUAUGAAGGCCAAAGAAGAGAAGAGCUCACGUUCCCAGAAGGAGCCAUCAUUCAGAUUAUUCGGAAAGAAGAAGGAGGUGUAGACGACAGGUUUUGGAAAGGAGAAUUUAACGGAAGAGGUAGUCCAUCACUGGUAGUCAAAGAGUUAUCAGGGGAAACUUCAGAGACAAGCGAGGAACUCCCAUCCCCAGCUCUACCACCAUUCUUACCUCCCACCCUUGCACCUUUCUCCAACCAAACAAUACAGCUUCCUGGAGCAGCAGCCGGCUCAUCUACAGAUGUCAGACAAAAUGGUUCCCAGAGUCCUCAGGGAUCACCAGACUUUGCAGCAACAAGAUUAAGACCUAUGAGGGCAGCUCCUCCCCCACCAACAAAGCCUGCCGAAACCGUAGGAUUGGAAAGCUCACCUUGAACUCCUUUUGGCCAUCAUGGUGAUGCCAGAAGCAUGUGUCUGCAUGAAAUAAAAUGACACCCGUAACCCUACACGUGUGAAGUUGGGUCUAAGCGCACAGCAUUAUGGGAAUUAUGUAUGAGGUGUACGCUGUGUGAGCAUGAGAUGAUGUGCAGCCACACUAUAAGUGGGAACUACCACCGAGGCUAAAGUACUAUUCUACUCAAAAGGGAAGGAACCUUAAAGACUUAAGGGAAAUACUUUUAUUUUUUUAUUUUUUUGCACUAUUGAGAACCUACCCGUGGAUUUCUUUUUUGUUCAGCUUUAGUACAAGAUACAUUUUACAGCUUAAAAUAUAAAAAAUAUUUACCAAAGUUAGUUGGUCGGAACAAAGUGUUUUGGUUUGAUAUUUGCACCGGUUCUGUACUAAAUCUUGUUUAUUUGCAUUUUA